AUGGCACCGGUAGAAGCACCAGUUGCGCUUUCGCAUGUUGAGGGUAUAUCCGAUGCUGCCAGAGCCAGAGAAUUAUACAAGUACUACCAACCUACCUCUUCCAUUAAUACCGAAUCAUGUUUUCCAAACCCUCAAAUACCGACAGAGGGUAGCAAUCAAGAGCUAGGAGUUCAAUCUGACAUUACCUCAACCAAGAUUUCCUCCCCAGAUACAUCAUUAACGGCAUUCUGCCAGCUGGUAUCUUGGAGGUUAGGGGCGCAAAGAACAAUGAUCAGUCUUAUCGAUGAUGGCACACAGUACUUCAUUGCAGAAAGCACCAAAUCCUUGGAUCUUGUGGAUGCCACAAAACACAAACCAGGUGAUGAGCUCUGGCUAGGCUGUACUUCUGUGACGAAGGCUGGUAGAUUGUGCGAGAGGUAUGACAAAUCAGAGUUUGAAUUUGCGGUCAAGUCGUCAAUUGUGUUUAAUCUUUGCUACAGGACCAUUGAGACUGCCCCGACAGUAUUAGGAGAAGAGUAUCCUUCAUUCAUUGUCAAUGAUUUAACAUUGGAUGAGCGAUUCAAUCAACUUCCUUUUGUUACCGAGCCUCCGUCUCUCAGGUUUUAUGCAGGAGUCCCGCUCAUUACCAAGCGGGGCAUACCGAUCGGAAGUUUAUUCGUUGUUGAUAGUCAUGCUCGACCAGGAUUGUCCAAGGAUGAGAUCUCUUUCAUGGGUACAAUGGCGACUACUGUCAUGAAGCAUUUGGAGUUGACUCGAGAGGUGGAAGAGCAUCGACGCGGCAUGAAAAUGAGUCGAGGCCUCGCAUCAUUUGUAGAGGGCCGUGCGGAACUAGAAGAGGCAGACAUGGAGGCAGAAGAUGGAGAAGGUACAAAGAUUGUUGGCCAGUUUGAGACUGACACCGCUAUCAGACGACAAAAGUCAAAAUCAUCAUCAACGAAAGGCUCUGCAAUGUCAAGUACUGCUUCACUUGCUCUUAGCAAUGGUAAGGAAAAGGGGUACGUAAGCUCAACUUCGCUUGGCUUCACGCAGCCUGAGGAUAUCUCCAGCUUGGCAUCUCUUCGGUCCAAUUCAUUGCGCGGUGCACGACCAGAGAUUGAGUCCAUGACACAGCAUUCAUCCUUUGGAGAAACUACGACAACUGAGCAAUCACCCUAUGAUAUGUGCAAAACCGAUACCCCGGAUGAAGAAUUUACCGAGGCAUCGGCUCUAAAGCUGCUAUUCUCUCGCGCUUCCAAUCUCAUCAGAGAGGCAUUUGAGGUAGACGGUGGAGCAGUAUUCUACGAUGCACAAAAAGGAUUCAGCAGUGAUUCUGCGCAACCCACUACUCAAGAGCCAUCUGUUACUGAUAGCCAGACGAGUGGUGACGAUGACUUUCAAACCGGACUUAAUUCUCGAUCCUCGAUUUCGCGACACCCAGGUGGUGGGGAAAGGUCCUUCACUCGGUCGUCGACCAUGUCCCCAACACGAGAAAUAGAAAUCUUGGGAUUCUCCACCCCUGAGGCAUCUUCAAUUAAUGGUGAUGCAUACCCUGGAACUCACUCCUUCCUAACUUUUGAGGAAAAAUCAUUACAUCAGUUUUUGCGCCGGUACCCACGCGGAAAGCUAUGGACUUUUGACUCGGACGGAUCCAUGUCUUCAGCCUCAGAUGAUGAAAUUCUCAAGGGCUAUCGCGGUUCCGCAAAAGAAAGCAGGAAUCCGACACGAGGAAAGAACAAGAUUGCUAGAGCUGCAGCGGAUGCAAGGUUUUUGUCGACGCAUUUUCCUGGUGUUCGCCAAUUGUUGUUUGUUCCACUUUGGGAUGCUGGUCGCUCUCGUUGGCUUAGUGCAUGCUGUGUUUGGUCAACAGAGCCCACUCGUAUUCUAUCUAAGCAGAAUGAAUUAUCGUUUCUCAGUGCGUUUGGCAAUAGCGUCAUGGCUGAAUGUUCUCGCAUAAGUACCGAAGUUGCUGAUCAGAAAAAAAGUGACUUUAUUGGAAGCAUAUCUCACUUUUCUAAAGUUAGUAGUCUUGAGAAAAAUUGGCGCAGAAAUCGUCGAGGUACGGCAAAACGGGUAUCACAGUCGAGUAAUUCUGGUCCCCUGGCUUUACAACAAUCUGAUUUGCCCAUGAUAAAUUUGUUUGCGCCUGUGGAUGUAGCAGUACUCUGCGAGGAGGUGGUUGAGAGUGUGUUUGCUGGUUACGUGUUUCAGAAUGGGACGGCGAAAACUUUUGAUAUGGUUCAUGACAUACACGACAAAAGCUCCGAAUCGAAACGACAUUCAACUUCAUCUCUUGCCAUACCACCUCCAGCAAGCCAGUCUCCACAAGUAUCAGUCAUUUUAGACAUUGUCCGAGAUGACUACAACUUUACCACACAACCUGGAGCAUUCCGUAGAAUUAUCAUGAACUUACUCGGCAACGCGUUGAAGUAUACCUCUCACGGUUAUGUGCGUGUUAAGUUGGAGACAGCCCAAUUAGAGGAUCUAACCACUUCUGGAGGCGAGAAGGCUCCGAGAUCUAUGGUAGUCUUGACCGUAACGGACACUGGAAAGGGCAUAUCUAGCGAGUUUCUUAGAUCGAAGCUCUUCACCCCCUUUGCACAGGAAAAUACCCUUUCCAGUGGAACUGGAUUAGGACUGUCCAUUGUGAGGAGUAUUAUCAAUCUACUUGAAGGAGACAUCACCAUCGAUAGUGAGGUUGGACGUGGUACUGAGGUCAGAGUAACCUUGCCACUUCUUCGCGAAAUACCAAAAGAUACAUCGCUACCUGUGACACCCAAAGCUGUAACCUCGUUGUUGCGCGAGGCAGAUGAAUCUAUAUCACUAUUGCGAAAUCAAAUAGGUGGCCGCGAAAUAGGACUCUUUAAUUUCAAUCCUCCCACGUUGGAUCCUGUGAUUGCGAAGAAGGGAAGGUUUCUCCAUGCGUCUGUCAGGAACUUUCUCACGAAUUGGUAUGGUUUGAAGAUCGUGCCAUUAUCAGCAAACCCAGAUAUUAUCCUUGCCAACGCUCCGGAUUUAUCUGUUCUCGUGAAUCUUUGCAAGAUACUUCCUCGAAAGCAUAAACCAUCGAUACUUGUAUUAUCGCCACACUCUUCACGGUUCAACCACUCAUUCUCGGAAGCUGGCAUCAGAGGAAAUGUCACUGUGGUAGCAAAGCCAGUGGGUCCGCGAAAACUCGCUAGAGCACUACGAUCUUGCCUUGAUGGAGCGGCAACUAUGAGUGGUCACGCUGUCACACCGGAUCUAUCUACUACAGGACAAGCGAGCACUAACGACCUUAGCAACGUCUUUGAGGAUCUACUUAUCUCUCCUCAUGGAGGUGAAGUACUGGACAAUAGUCGAAUGGCGGCUGAUAGCGAGAACGCUCGGAAAGCCAUUGAAUCACCAACUCCAAACGCGCUUGUUGAAAAAGGAAAAGAAUUUCCCUUUCCUCUACCUCCUGGGGGUAACACCUCUCCUCCGCGAAGAGAACCUUCCUCAGAUGAGACCCUCGAUACUCCCACAGCAGCGAAUUUUGGUUACACUUCUCAACAUAAUGCAGCAGUUGGAAGUGAGGUUAGCCAACCAGAUGGUUCUUCCGGCGGAACAACAAGCACACGCCAAUUCCCAAUUGCUGCCAUAACCCCUGAUCCAUUCGCGCCUAACUUGCUCCUAGUAGACGACAACAUGAUAAAUCUUAAACUCCUCCGCCAUUUCAUAACAAGGCUAGGCUAUACGACAGUCCACGAGGCAGAAAAUGGACUUGAAGCUGUUAGGAAAUUUGAGGAACGGUCAGAAGGGUAUGAUAUUAUUUUCAUGGACAUAAGUAUGCCGGUGCUGGAUGGAUUUGAUGCAACAAAGGAGAUCAGGAAAUUGGAGAAAUCAAGACAAGAAAGAGCAAUAGCAAAUGGUGAGAUUGGGGUGGGAAAGAAAAAAAAUGAAGCACUUGUGGUUGCGCUUACAGGAUUAGCUGGUAAAGAUGAUGUGGAAAAGGCGAGGACUUGUGGUAUUGAUCUUUUUAUGACGAAACCAGUGGCUAUGAAGGAGGUAAGAAAGAUGUUGGAGAACUGGAGAGCAAAUCAAAAGGAUUGA